UCCAACUUCCAACAACAAGCUCCGCUCAAAAAUCUAGAUCUAACAGCUGACGAAGUUGUAUUGUUUUAAACGGGCAAUCAUAGAUAGGCACGUUCAAACGAUUCUCUUGAUGUAAGAGGUGCAUUCAAUAAUUUUCUUGGAUUAAAUCAUGGUAUUUAUCUUGAAAGACAUAGCAUCUAGUCAGUGAUUUGGUGGUUUCUUUGACUCUCCACUUAUGCCAACGGAAGUUCCUCUUUAUUCAGCCGGAAGGAUGAAGAUCAGAGGUGGUAAAGAGCCUAAGUAUGGUGUCGGAGAAGAUCAUCACCCGACAGAUGACACAAAUCGAUUCUUUGCCAAGGGGCGGGACUAUGAGAGUCGCUUUGUCAACCAUCAAUAUACAGCCCAGGAGCGGGAGAUCUUAUCAGCAUAUGAGAGUCUAGACUACCUCCCACCACACAGUCAUGUCUAUAAGAAUUGGCUCAAGCAACAACCAGCUAGACUUGAUUGGGAUCGAUGGGUGAUGAUGGGUCUGAUCGGGUUCACCACGGGCAUUGUAGGAUUCCUCCUUCAUCAGAUGAUAGAUCUUAUAUCAGACUUCAAAUGGGACAGGACAGAAAAAUAUUUACAGGAGAGAAGUAUGGGAAUAGCUUGGCUCUUCUUAACUGGAGUCAGUUUGGCUAUUGUCUUGGCUGGCACUAGUAUUGUUGUGUACUUGCGACCUUCUGCUGCUGGUUCUGGGAUGCCUGAACUGAUUGGGUUCUUGAAUGGGACCAAGGUACGUCACAUCUUCAAUGUAAAGACCCUGGUUGUGAAGUUCUUCUCUUGUAUCUGUGCCGUUAGCAGCGGACUACCAGUAGGACCAGAAGGUCCUAUGAUCCAUAUGGGAUCCCUGAUUGGUGCAGGAGUGAGUCAGUUCAAAUCAGAGACUAUGAAAUUUGCCUUGCCAUUAUUUGAAAGAUUUAGAAACCCAGAAGAUAGACGAAAUUUCAUAUCAGCUGGAGCAGCAGCUGGGGUAGCAUCGGCCUUUGGAGCUCCUGUGGGGGGACUCUUGUUUGCUAUGGAAGAGGUCUCAUCGUUUUGGAGUAUGAAAUUAUCUUGGCAGGUGUUUUUCUGUUGCAUGGUAUCAACAGUAACAACCGACCUCUUCAACUCGGCUUUCUCAGCGUUCAGAUACCAAGGAAACUUUGGGCUUUUCAAGGCAGAGAAAUACAUCAUGUUUCAGGUCAGAGAAGGCAUCGAUGUCAACAUCAUCAUGUUUAUCCCAACGGUCAUCAUCGGAAUCAUCGGCGGUGUCCUGGGAAGCCUGUUUGUCUUCAGUAACCUCAAGCUUGCUAGACUCAGACGACGCAUGAUCGCAUUGACAAGGUUACCAUGGCAACAGAAACUGAUGAGGCUGUUGGAACCCUGCAUUAUUAUAAUUUUAGUGGCCACAGGCACCGUUUUUCUACCAGCAGCCUUCAAGUGUUCACCCUACACAUGCUAUUAUGAAGGAGAAAACAAACCACCAACUGGGUAUAGUCCUAGAUGUUUAGAUGAACAGGCUUCUACAGGGAAAUCAGUCAGCAUGUAUACGUGUGAGCCAGGCAUGGUUCAAUACAACACCAAUGGCACCUUAUCAUUCAGUAACAAGACUUUCAAUCAAGUAAUAGUUGCUACCCUGUUGUUUGUGACCGGUGAAGAAGCCAUCCAUCACCUCUUCUCUCGUGACACCCACUGGGAGUUCACCUACGGUGCUCUUCUCACUGUCCUUGCAUUCUACUUCAUCAUGGCUUGCUGGUCGUGUGGACCUUCCAUCUCGGCUGGUCUGGUAGUUCCCAUGCUGUAUAUAGGUGGUCUGUAUGGCCGGCUGAUUGGACUGACGAUGGUGUCAAUGUUUGGCGUCCAGACCGGUGAAUACUGGGCGUGGAUGGAUCCAGGAGCGUUUGCUCUGAUUGGUGCUGCAUCCUUCUUUGGGGGCGUGUCUAGGUUGACCAUGUCUCUCACUGUCAUUAUGAUGGAGAUCACCAACGACAUCCAAUUCUUGCUACCAAUCAUGGUAGCCAUCAUGGUAGCCAAGUGGGUCGGAGACUACCUGACCCAUCCCCUAUACCAUGCCCUUCUAGAGGUCAAGUGUAUCCCUUUCCUGGACGAGGAACCAGUCAUCAUGCAUCAAGGAAAAAAUGUAAACUUGGAAUUAUAUCAAGCUAAACACGCAAUGACAUCACCAGUGCGAACGCUUCAUCCCAGAGUGUCAGUUGAGGAGGUUGCCAAGCUACUAAUAGAGACGGGACAUGGAGGGUAUCCCGUUAUCAAGGGAGGGGAUGAUCCCAGCAACAAAAAUCAGUUCCGGGGUAUCAUCACCAGAAUUGAGCUUCAGAUUAUGUUGCUGAAUGAAGAUCUUUUUCAAGGACCAAAUGAUACCCUUGACCAAGAUAACCCUGAAGUGAAUCCAUUAGAUUACCAAAAGCUACGAUUAGAUCAUCUGAAGGAUAAAAGGUCAGCUUACAGCUUAUAUCAAUCAUAUGUGGAGGAUGAGAGAUAUCAACACAUGUUCAUCAAUUUGACACCUUAUGUGAACCAAUCAGCUUCAUGCAUCCCAGAAUACUUCUCCCUCCAUCGGACCUACAUCAUAUUCCGUACCCUCGGUCUCAGACAUCUCACCGUGGUCGACGCCCAGAAUCAGGUCAUGGGCAUCAUCACAAGAAAGGAUCUCAUGGGCUUCAGGAUGGAGGAGAAGCUUGAUGCAGUGCUUCAUCCGUCGUCGGCGAUGCUCAACAACGGCCUGUCCUCGCAGGAGAACUCCAAUGUAGAGCUUUCAGAUAAUUUUGAAGAAUGGGACUAUUUGGAUGCCACCAUCGGAACAUGACCUUGGGCUUGAGGUGCUAAAAAGGUGCUUAACACGUUAAAUUAGUCUAAAAUAUCAGUAUGUCUAACACCAUGAUGCCAAACUUUGUGUUAAGUAUAAACUCAGUCAUCCAAGACAAUGCAUAAAUGCAUUCUUCUAAUGGCCACUGAACACUUGUAAUUGAUAUGAUUACAUGUAUAGGCAAAACACAAGGCAAAGGCAAGGUCACCCCAAAACCAACAAUAAGUCGCCAGCGAACGUUCUCUGUAAAUAGCUAAAAUAAUAAUUUGGUCUUCAAAAAAGUAAAAAUUAUAAAAAAAGCCUAUCUGAAAGAAUAACUUUACUUCAUACUGUCAAAAUUUUAAGUUGUAAAGUUGAAUAAAAGAUGACAUACAUUUCAACACCAUUUUCUCCCAUACAGCAUGGAAGUUUCAUAGAGAUUACACAAUGUGAAAAAAAAUCAGGAACUAUUUGGUUAGAUAAGGAAAUGA